GUGCGAGGCUCCCGCCCCGCCCUCCGUGCCUGAGGCGAUGGCGGCCCUCGGAGACCGUCCCCGCUCAGCCCCCGGGGGCUGAAAGCUCCUCGCACACGAGGACACAGGGAAGGGACGGCCCAGAGGAGCAGCGGACGCUCGCAUCUUGGUACGGCUGUGCUGAAGGUUGUCCAUCUCUGCCUGCAGAAACGGCUCCUGCCCUGACCAAACAGGAGAGAUCUCUGGAGUUGCCGAAGCGGGCCAGGAGCCAGUUUUCAUUUCCCGGUGACUUUCCCUACGGGCCGCUCACAGCCUGCCGGGCUCCCAUCUCCCUUCGCGCAGGAGUUUGGCAGAGUUGCUAUGACGACUCGGCCCUGGUGUGCACAGCUGCAGCACCCAGCCCGCACCGCUCUCCGAGCGCAGCUGAAAACACAAUGCCUGUUGUGAAAUACCCCAGGGCUGUAGAGCCUCUCUGGCAUGAAUGGGACUGGAAGGCACAGAAAUGUGGAUUAAGACAUACGGUCUAUGCUGUAAAUGGGGAUCAGUACACUGGAGAAUGGUUGGACAACUUGAAGCAUGGUAAAGGCACCCAGAUCUGGAAGCGCACCGGCGCUAUUUACAGCGGUGACUGGAAGUUUGGGAAGCGGGACGGGUAUGGCUCAUACAGCAUUCCUGACCCCGUGACCAAGGAAUACAAGAAAGUGUACACAGGCUGGUGGAAAAACGACAAAAAAUGUGGCUACGGGACGAUGUUCUACCCCAGCGGGGAGCACUACGAGGGCGAGUGGAGCGGCGGGCUGAGGAGCGGCUGGGGUCGGAUGUGCUACGGGGACGGCUCCGUCUACGAGGGGCAGUGGCUGGCGGGCCAGCCAGGCGGGCAGGGGAUGCUGUGCCUGUCAAAUGAAAAUCGGUAUGAAGGAGGUUGGAAAGAUGGAAAGAAGCACGGCCCAGGACGAUUCUUCUACCUGGAUAAGGGACAAUUGCUUGAAGGCAUCUGGGUGGCAGACAUACCAAAAUGUGGGAUUAUGACUGACUUUGGCCGAGACGAAGCUCCUGCCCCUACUCAGUAUCCAAUCCCAAAGAUUGAACUAGCCGAUCCAGAUGCUGUCUUAGCAGAGGCCCAAGUGAUGCCUGAUGACAACCAAAACUAAUAACCAGAUGUUGAAGAAAAAGAGAUGCAAGAUAAGAACAGGAAAGCCCGACAUCGAGCACCGGCUCUGCUCCUGUGCCAGCCCACAGCCCUGUGCUGGCUGCUCCGCCUGCACUGAGGGGCGAGGACCAUGUGGAGCUGCCAGCACCAAUAAGUGUCACCUACAAGAACACGAAGGAAGGUGGCACUGCAGCCACCUGGUGAAAACUGCACUGUGGGAGAGUGUGUAAUUAGUUCACCUGACUUAAACUGCGCUUCUGAGUAUCACAUCUUGUUCACAGUUCAAGUGGUCCCUUGACUCUUCACAUUUUCUCAGCUAGAAGAUAACCUACUUUGCUACUUAAACACUCAGAGUAACAAAACAUGCCUAGGAUCAAGGUGUAAGCAGUGCUGAUGGGAGGAAAACCAUGCUGCCAACAUUAUGCUCCCUAUACCUGUGUGAACAGGAAAUUUCAUCUUUGUAUGACUCAGAUGACUAAUGGCAUACAUGUCGGAGUUCCUCAGAAAUACAGUUAGGAUUAGCACAAUAUAGCCACAGAGAUAAUGGAUGUAGAGAAAAACAUUUUUUAGGUAUCUAGGUAACAAAUAAUGAGCAGCAACCGAGCAUAUUUUAUUUCAUUAUAUGAAGUGAUUUUAUAUCUAAAGAAGUGAUAUAUCUAAAGAAGUGAUAUACAACAACUGAUGUUUAAAAUGCUUCAGGUAAAUGCAUAAUACCAUUAGUAUAAAUAAAACCAAAACUUUAUGUGCACUCUUUAACAUUUAGAGCCACGCGGUUGGGUCUGGUUACUGCCUCUGGCACACAGUUAUGAGAGAGUGCCCAAGGUAUGACUUUCAUGACCAUUUCCAGAGCUGGAAAAUGAGAGAAACACACCUGAUAUCAGAGAUUAAAUUCCAGAAAAUAGUUAGAAAAGCAGCUGUUGUAACAACUCCAUUAGCUCAAAACUUACAGCAUGAGAAAAUUAAGAAGUUUUUAAUUUUGUAUUUCCUAAACAAAACACUUCCCUGUCACUUUUUAAAAGAUCUGCAAGAUAAAAAGAAAUUCAGCAACUUAUCAAGGACAGAAAAUAAUUUUACAAAAUAAGCUUGGAAAACAUUUUCUGGACUUACAUUCAAAAUAAUGUUAGAACUUUAAAAUGCAUAACUUACAGACAGAAGUGUAUUGUUUAAGCCAUUUGUUCUAGUAUGAAUAUUGAGUCAGAUCUGCUUCCUUUACUGAGUCUCCCUUCCCAAUAUGGGAUUGGUAUUUCAUGGAAGGAUGGGCAAAUACAUUUUGUGCCUACUGCAAAGAUUUCAUGUUUUGGAAUGCUGUUGCAUUUAAUGCCUUUACUAUUUAAUCUUUUCAGUGCUCUAUGAAUUAAUACCUGAGGAACUCUAGUCACAAUUCUCACCAUCAGAUUUACACCAGUAAUAGAAUAUUUAUACCUGAAACACAAAAUAACGGCAGAGCUACAGAAAAUCCUGCCUGGCUCCUGUACGCCAGGAGGACUUGUGAAAUUGGCAAGUGGAAAGUUGUUUUCUGUGUGGACAGAGAAUAACCCAGCAAGAAAGCUGCUGAGAAAACGCCAAGUCCUUUUUUAAUGGUUAGUUUUCAGAACACAAAACGCACCGCGGGUAGCCUUGUCAACACUUCACACUGCAGCAGUGCUGACACAAGGGAUCAGUCCCAGUCGCUUCAGUGGGCUGCUUCCCUGGUAAACAUCACGCUCUGCCACCCACCCUGUCGACACAUCCCAUGGUUUGUAAGUACAUCGGGAUAACCUGAGAUGGAGGUUGGAUAUAAGAGACCACAUCCAGCCCAGGCUCAGUCAGGUACAGCUCCCUGUAACCCAUCUGGGUUUAAAAAAAGAAAAACACCACAGGUUUAUAUUCCACAGUGUUAGCUACAGUAUGGGGUCAAGUUUUGUUCCAAUAGAUUUGAAACCUGUUUGUCUUAAAAAAAAAAUGGCUUUUACUCAGUGCUUUUACCCAUUAAAGCCCAAAGCUUCUCCAUACAAGAACUGCAUUCCAGAAAAUCCACUUCCAGACAUAGCUGGAAUUACUGAAGCAGCACAGCACAGCUGCUGCAUCUUUCUUGGACACACCUCUUACCUAAGAAGCAAAAGCUUCCAUUUGGCCUCGUAAGGAAGAAAACAGAAAAAUGACACUGUAGCCUAUCACAGAUGCGUGUCUGAAAGUAAGCAGCAAUGUUAAUUACAAAUAAUCUACUUUCAUAAAUAAAUUGACAUAGAGAAAAUUAGUCUUCCAGAUCCUUUGGAAGCAAAAAAUGUCUGAAGUUAUUACAUACAACAACACUUCAGCAAGCAGAAGACUUUUUCUAAACAAGGAAGACCAAGGCAUAGCUAAUUACUUGGGAAUCCAAUGCAGAGAAAGCACCUUUUGCUGCUUGUGUCUGAGGGUUUAUUAAAAAAUAUAUAUAUUUUUUAUAUAAAAGUAUAAAAUAAUUACUACUUUGGCUUGGAAAAAACAGCAGUGGUUCUGAUUUUCAAGCAAAAUUUAUCCAGUGAUAAUUUCCAUCUAGUUCCUCCUUUUUUUAAAAAAAGAUUCCUAAAUGGAAAACAGGCAAUUCUAUCUCUUCAGAUCAUACAAUACGUGCCAGCUCACGAGAACUUUAGAACAGUUAUUGCUUUUAUUUUCUUCCAAAGAAGAGUAUAGUAGUCUCAUUCCUACUCAUGUGGCUAUACCACAUCACAGUAGGACUAGUCAUGGGUGUUUAGCAAGUUAUAAAAUGUGUAACUGCCAUAGGAAAAGGCGCUGGAGAAAUCAGUGAAGUAUUAAUUACUUGGCAGCAAAACAUACUGGGGAAGGUGGUGGGAAAGCUUUCACUUCUACCAUCUGUCAGGCUUUCCAGAGAGAACAGCGCUAGCACUGAAACCAAGUGCUAAUUGCUGCAUAUCCCAAGUAAUUUGUAUCAUGCCAUGCAACAUGGAUUGGACAAGCAGUAUCUUCUAGUAAAUGCCAGCAUC